UUUUAAAGGCCUAUUUGUUUGACGCUGGUGAAUCAUUGUAAAGCACGAUAUACAAUCAGAGUGCCUCGUGAGUCGUGCAACUUGAGGCAGAUUUUCCGCGCGGCAGUAAUGGCGUGCAGGCAUUAGAAACGCUAUACCAGCUUUCUGAAUGGCGAAACCCAAGGCUGAAACCAGAGGAACAGCUAUCCGGGCGCUGGCCUCAUCCUGACUGAGAACAGGAGAUAAAGUCAAAGCCACAGGUCACGCGGUCGUCUGUCAGGAAGUACAUUAUUAAAGCAGAUGCGUACAGUACAAGAUGUGCAAGUACUUUUUUUGUUUAUGAAGAAAACCUCUGACCGUUUGUAUAGUAAUCAAGACGAUGGCACGUGCACUCAGGUGACGUCUUCCCGCCGGAGCUCAGAGAUUCAGCGCGUGAAGCCCAUACAUAUCCCCAGAGCCUUAGCAGAUGGCCCGUUUCUACAGUACCCGCGUCUCACUCCUGGACAGAGGUGUUACUUGUCCAGCAUUGCUAGUAUCUACAGCACCGAACACGUGAGGAGGCUGAUGCAACAGCAUUAUCUGAACGUGCUCUACAGGUGCACCCAGGAAGAUCCCUGUCCUUUCAAAGAAAGCAGAAGUGAAGAGGAGAGCAUGAUAGGUAAAGAGUGUGUCCAGAUGGACUCAGACAUGACUACAGUAUCCAGAACUCCCAGCAGGAGCAGUGAAGAUAGCAGCUUGGUUGCAGUAAAUGCUGUCGCCCUGCCCAAAAUCCCCAUCAAACAGGCCAGGAAGACAUCAAGACCUCUGGCUUCAAAAGAAAGAAAAACCAGAAAACCCAAGAAAAAAGUUCCUGUGGUGCAAGUGGCCUCCACAAAAGCAAGAAAACGAGAGGCAGACACCAGCAGGAGGAGCGAGAAGACCAGGGCAGUGUUUCUGAGCGAGAGCAUGGAGUCCCUCUCCAUACAGGAAUAAAAACUGCUUUUGAAAAUGUAAGACAAAAUCCAAAAAAUGAACAAUAUUUCUAACGCUGCACAAAACAAUGAAAUGGAUGAUUGGACAUAUUCCAAAGAAUCUGCGGUUUUUCAGGGACACCUGGCGAUGUUUCCUAUUUCAGGCAGGCGUGAUUGGUUUAUUCCCUUUGAGGGCAUUAGCCAAUCGCAGCUCCCGUUUCCAUACACUGUUCCAAACCACUGGACACAGAGACAGCCAGCAGAAUGUUUUUUGGUGCUUCAAGAGCAAGAAAUGUUUGCUCUGCACCAUUAGAACACAACGUGAGGGUUGCGCUGUCUGCCACGCAGGGUGAUGCACGGUUGUUAAGGGGCUGAUAGGGGAACUGGGAUUAGGCUGUUUGAGGAAGUGCAGUUUUUUAUGGACUUUUUUUUUUAGCAAGCUCAGGAGUAGUCAGGAUAAGAGUGCAACCAAUGCAGUAAUCAGCUCAGGGUUAUCCUAGGUUAAAAAGUGUUCUUUUGGGAAUGCGGAUUCAAAUACCUCUUCAUCAUAGUGAACGGUGGUUGGUCAGGAUGGUUUUACUCAGUGACAGUUGGUGAGGAUAGCUUUACAUCUCCUGUUCUGAUGUGAGCAAACCUGUGUACUUAGAAACUAGUAUAUGAGUUUUUGAUAGGCACUUACAAACACACGUUCCUGUGUUCCUUCAUUUUGGUGGCGAUACUUUUACCUCAAGUGGUGACUCCUUGUUCUGUAGAAGAGUUACAGUCAGGGAUGUAUGAAAAUAAGAUUGGGGACGGGUGGUGGGGGGGACAGUCUUCCCAAGAAACUGCAAGAACAUUAGCCAGAAAUGAUGGAUGUAAUGUGACAAUACUCCAGCAAAUUGGAUUUGAAAUUAAACAAUUAAUAUGAGAUUAAAGUGCAGAACUGUCAGCUUUAAUUUGAGAGUAUUUACAUCUGCAUCAGGUGAUCCUUGAGGAAAUACAGCCCUUUUUAUAUGCAGUUUCCCCAUUUUAGGGGAGCAAAAGCAAUUGGAC